AUGAAAGAUAAGGGGGAUCCAACUACUGAAUCUAAAAAAUCUAUCGAAUCAAUUGUCUCGGCAGAGAAGAAAGAAGAAUCUAAACCUGAGUUGACUGUAUCUUCUGAUGAAGUUGUUGGGAAGAAAGAAGAGGGUGGUGAUAAUAAUAAUAAGAAGAAGAAAGAAGAAAGUGAUGAUAAAAAGGAGGAAGAAGGGGACGAUAAUAAUAAGAAGGAAGAGGGAGGAGAGGGAGAUAAUAAUAAAGAAGCAGAUGUCUAUGAUUAAUUUUGUUUUUCUUAUUUGUAUAUAAAAUGUUGAGUAGUAUGGAGGGUAUUUGUUUUUGUUGUUAAUUAGUAUAUG